GUCAAUCUGUCAUGUCAUUCAUUCACUUUAGUGAUAGUAAAAAAAGGAAAAACGGCUAGGUACCGAAAUGUCUGAUAGUGCCGGUGAUAAUUCAAAACCAAGAGUUGCUGUUUUAGGAGGGUGUGGUUUCAUCGGGCGAAACCUGGUAGAGUAUCUUAUAAGCAAUGACCUGGUUAGCGGAGUUCGCGUUGUCGAUAAAACACCACCACAGUUGGCCUUUCUGAAUGCGACACAUUCCAAAGUUUUUGAGGACCCCCGCGUCGAGUACAAGAGUGCCAAUCUUAUAAACCCAACAUCAUGCGCAUCCGCGCUCGACCCCGGCCCUCACGAGUGGGGUCUCGUCGUGAACUGCGCCGGGGAGACGAGGGUGGGGCAAUCCGAGGCGGUCUACUCCGAGGGCAUUUACACCCUCAGCUGCAAUGUAGCCAAGCAGUGCGCUGCAUUGAAAGUGCCUCGCUUAGUGGAGAUAUCCAGUGGGUACAUGUAUAGUAAGGAUAAGCCACACAAAGAAAGUGAUGCUGUGAAUCCUUGGACAGUAGAGGCCCAGAUGAAGGCGAAAGUGGAGCAAGAACUGAAGAAAUUAGAACCUGAUCUUAACUACACCAUACUAAGGCCUGCCAUAGUCUAUGGUGUGGGUGAUAGAAGAAGUCUCACCCCUCGCCUCCUGUACGGUGGCAUCUACAAGCACCUAGGUGAGACCAUGAAGCUGCUGUGGACGGCGGAGCUGAAGCUGAACACGGUGCACGUGCGGGACGUGUGUCGCGCCGCGUGGCUCGUGGCGAGGCGCGCGCGCUGCGCCGGCCACACCUACCACGUGGUGGACGACGCCAACACCACGCAGGGCAGUCUUGCGGAGCUUGUGAGUGAGAUAUUCAAGAUCAACCAUGAUUACUACGGAGCUGCUAUUUCUACUUUGGCUAAGACAGACAUUACAGCGGUGGCCGAGGAAGCCAACGACAAACACCUGACAGCGUGGGCGGACAUCUGCCGGCAGUACCAGCUGCUGCAUUCUCCGUUGGAGCCCAGCGCCCCAGUGGAGUUGCUGCUCAACAAACAUGUCUGCUUGGACGGGAGUAAACUGAAGGAGAUUAUGAGUAUGGAUGUACCGAAGCCUACUGCUGAGAACUUGUUGCAGGUACUAGAAGACUAUGCGUCCAUGAAUCUUUUCCCAAAGGAGCUGUUGCUAUGACCGACCAAUUAAACUACAUAUAUAUAUAAUUGAUUUUAAACAAAAAAAAAUACGUUUUUCCGAGAUUUACAGUGAAUAAUUAUUUGGUGAUUUCCAAUUUAAGAUGGCUAUAUGUUAUAUCGUAAAUGUCCAAGAUGUGUAGAUGUAGGUAUAUCUGUAUCUCUUAUUAUCUCAGUCGUCAAGAGACCUAUCUCUUUUGGUAUGUUUCCAUGCUAAAUAUUGUUUUGUCAUCAUCAUUAUUUGUGAAUCUUGGUAUUUUUCCUUCUAUUCAUAAAUAAAGAUAAAGCUAGCCUAGCUAAAAUAUAAUCUGUCACUAUCGCACUUUUACAAUAUUAUUUGACACUGACAGAACGAGACAAAACAUACUUUAGCUCAAACAUGCUUAACUUUUUUAUGAUUAUGAAGAUUUAUUAUUACGUUUUAUGAUUAAUUUCAAUACAUUUCCAAUCAAUUGUAAUAUUUUUCCGUUCUUAAUCGAUGUUUUACAUUUGGCUCUGUCUACCCCGCCAGGGAUGAGGACGUGAUAAAAUAGUCUCACAGUGGUCCAGAAUUGUAUGCUUUAGCUUAAGUUUGUAUUAAGUUUUAGUCAUUUUCGUAGCAACGAAUUGUUUUAGGAAGUCAAUUGUAUUUUUUAUUGUCAUUUUGAUGCAUUUUAAACGGCUAGGUACGGGUGGAUUUCAGUCACAAAUUCUUCCAUUCCUUAUGGCUUAAGGGCAUAAUAUGGAAUGUGACAUGCAAAAAGACUUCCUGUACAUAAAAGGAGUGCUAUUUUUACCUUGCCCUUGCCUUCUCCAUUUCACUCCGUGUCUUUUUAAGGCACACUAUAGUUUUUUCAAGUUCUUAGAACCUCUAACCAAAAUCUAGCAUUUCUUCAAAAUAAUAUUGCGAAAAGCAGUAAGGUUUUUCUUCAAACAACCCCUAGGGUACCACUUCUAGCCGAUAAAAUUCGUAUUAAAUUACACUGUGAUAAAAGAACACGUAAGAUUAUAUUCUAGGUCCUGACUGACAUUUCGGCCAUAUAUUUUUAUAAAUCGUGAUUGGACAAUAAAACGCGUUUUGGAAGACAGUUUUGUAUUUGUAAGAAAUCAAAGACUGCGGAUACCAAAAAGCAAUCAACUAUGUUGUUUCUACUAAAUUCUUAUCUUGAAAAUGUCAAUACUGAUUUAACUUAUUCCAUCCAAUAGCGUGAAUUGAAGAGAUUUUAUGGAAAUAUAAGUAUAUGAACAAUUUUAUUGCUUUUCUUAGAGACGGUGCGUAAUAAUUUUCAAUAUAAUUGAUAUAUUUAAGUGUAAUAUUUGCUUCCGUCAGAAAUUACCCUUGAAACCUAGUUUCAUGUUUAGUAUAAGUUGAAAAUCAGUGCUGGAUUUGAAAAUAUUUUUAUCCGAAGAUAGCACAUGAUGAUCUUAUAAGGCCGGUUGAAACUAGGUCUAACCGGCUAUAUUUAGCAUAAGCCCUGAUAGUUCUAUCCGGCACUGACAAUAGUGCAUGUUAAUAGAGAGAUAAAUGCGUGCACGACACGACAGAGUGCGCAAUGAAAUAUUAAAUAUCUGAUGUUCAUUUUACUUGACAUAAUAUUAAACUAAAAGUUUUAGACAAUCAUCUUUGACAGAAAAAGUAUCUGUAAUUUGUUUAAUAUUAAUCAUGCACGAAGUUGGCUCCUAAUUAUGCCUACCAAUUGAAUUGGAAAGAAAAUACUGUAAUUUUAGUUACCCUACUAAGUCGUGAUUUAAUAUUUAGUACUUAUCUUUACAAUGUGAAGCAUAUAUAAUCGAUUUUAUGGGUAAGCACGCGCUUUUUAAGUAGUUUUCAUGUCCAAGAUAUAGUUUUGGAUAAUGCAAAUGAAUAGUCGCUUUUAAUUAAUGUCCAAAACAAAGGCCUAUAUACAAAUAAUCGCGCUGAUAAUUUUCGCUAGAUCGCAAUUGAACCUCAUCGUUUUGUUAUUUUUUUUUUACGGUUCCUUAAUAUUACUAUUUUGAAUCUGAAAUCGCGAAAAUAGUAAUAUUUUCGCGAUUUCAGAUUCUUGAUCAAAUUUGAACCGUAAACAAAUGUUGCCGUUGUCAAAACCACAGUUCCAACAACUUUGUAAUGUCCUUUUUAUAUCUGUGGUUACAACAAGUUGCGAUUGUCACCGAAGCUUAAAAACGCCGGCAGAUGUUCCGCUUAAGUUAUUAGCGCAUUUGGGGAUGUUCAAAUAAAAAAUGGGGGUAAUUGAAUUUGCGAUAAGAGGUAUUUUGACAGGCAUUUUACCCUUUUGCCUUAUAUAUUCUCGUAGUUUACAUUAAGAUAUAAAUGUAUGUACUUAUCUUCUGCUCAAUAAUAAUAUUUUGCAUUUGUAUAACAUAAAGUGAUGAAGUUAUUUGAGUACAUUCGCGUACCAUCACUUGCUCUCUGUAGAGCUUCCAAUAAAAUAUAUAAGGAAAUAGUCAAUUCUUUGGAAAAUUGUAUCUUUAUGUUGUAUAUUAUGUGAACCCCAUGUAACUAUGUAUUCCAAUAAACAAAGUCUUUAUA